CAUCCAAGAACCGGCCCACGAGCGCCCUUGCGCCUCCUCCAAUGGCGCCCCGGGCGCUGCUGCGCCGCCACCUCCCCGCGCGACGCCCCUCCACCUCGAGCAGGCCGGAGGCGGCGCCGACGGGUCCAGCUCCGCCGCGGCGGGGGUCGACCGGAAGGGCGAGGGGACGCUGCCGCCCAAGGUCAUCCCUUCUCCUCCGAGCUCCGCGACGGCUCGACCCCAAGCUGGUGUCCAGGCGGCCGUCGACAAGGAGAACACGCGAUGGGGACAGCAGGUGAUGAUUGGCCUCUGCGACGUGCUGCUGCUGUUGUUUCUUGGAGUUCUUGGAGCGCUCCGGAGUGCGUUCUUGAGCGUUUCUUGGUUUCCUCUUGAGCAGUUCAACUCGCUGCGCGCGGAAGGGGCGAUGUGUAGGAAGGAACAGGAGAAACUAUCACAAGUAAAGACUGUGGGAAAGGUGAGACCCAAGCAGGACAAACUUUUCUCAAAAAAGGGCGCCAAGCUGGACAAACUACUGCUAGUAAAGGGGAAAUCGGCCCCGAGUCGGCUUAAGAGCAAGAAUUUUUGUAGAAAAGGAAGGGGAAUAUGGCCGGAACAUGUGAAGUACCAGACACUUCGCAUAUCUGAAGUCAGAAGGCACUAUAAGCUUACUUCUGACGAGGCGAACCAUCUUGAUGCUUAUUCAGAAUGUAGACCGGUCAUUGGAGAUGGGGAGUGUUUCUACAGGAGCUUCAUAUUUUCGUACCUUGAGCAAGUUAUUGAUAGGCAGGACACACAUGAGGAACGCCGUCUCCUUAGAAGAGUGUCUACACAACGUGCAAAUCUUCAAUGUAACUCUGAGUUUUCCCGGAGCAGAAGAGCAUUUAAGGAGCUGAUUGAGAACGUAAUGAAAUGGAAGAGAACGGAAUCAACUAGCAGUCGCCGUAAAGAGAAACUUCUGAAGUUCUUCAGCACGUAUGAUAUGACGCAAGACAUUUUUGUUUUCCUCAGAUUACUAGUAGCUAUCCAGAUAUGCUCGCACAGGGAGGUGUAUGAACCGAUUAUACAAGGGCCCGGAGGAAAUUACAGUCUGGAAGUUUGGUGCUUGCAGCACGUCAUUCCAGCUCGUGUGUACGCGGACCAUGUUAUGAUGGUGGCUUUGGCCAGAGCGCUUGAGGUCCCCCUCAGAGUGGAAUCACUCCAACGAGGAUAUGCUCCAGAUAUCUACACUGGUCCUGGAGUUCCCCGUCCGAGCGUGACCCUCCUGUACACAGGUGAUCACUACGACAUCAUCUACCCAUGCGCUCCUUCUGCUGAGGUUUCAAGUCACCGGGCUUCCCAGAGAGAACAUCCUGGUGGUCAGAAUUCAAGUCAUCAGGCUUCCCAGAGAAAACAUCCUGGUGAUCAGAGUUCAAGUCAACAGACUUUCUAGAGAGUGGUCAGAGUUCAAGUCAUCAGGCUUCCCAGAGAAAACAUCCUGGUGAUCAGAGUUCAAGUCAACAGACUUUCUAGAGAGAACAUCCUGCUGAUCAGAGUUCAAGUCAACAGAUUCCGCUGGAUUAAAGUUGAGUUGGGCUGUUGCAGUUGAAUGAGAGUAUUGCUGAGUUUAGUGGUAGAGUAGAUGCACCGAUGAAGUUGGGGUAGGUAUACCAUAUAGUUACUUGUGCAUUCUUCUUCUGUUGGCAUUCUGUGAUCACAUUCGAAUUUCUUAAUUGUGUUUUCGAAAUUUGAACAUGGGCAUGAUAUCGGUUGAUUUUUUGGGUAUGUUAUGGAAGACACAAAUAUUGCACUUGUUUGGACA